AUCAGCCCAUCCUCGCUAUUCCCAUUCUCGUCCCCAAACAUCAUCCACCGUUCUUUCUAGAGGCCAAUCCCAUUUCAAUCGACCCAAAAUGUCUGCCUUCAUGUCUUCUCUCCGUCCCGCCCUCCGCGCCUCUUCCGGUGCCGCCUUGUCCGCGCGUUCGUUCAGCUCUUCCUCGUCGCGUUCCGUUGCGCGUUUGAUGAUCACCGGUCGUCUUGCAGCCCAGCCCGAGCUGCAGGCCACCUCGUCUGGCCAGGAGGUCGUCAAGUACACGGUAGCAUCAAGCCACGGCCCCAAGGAUAGGCGUCAGACGAGCUGGUUCAAGGUUUCGGCUUUUGUUGAAGGAAACCAGCGCGAGUACAUCACCAACUUGCAGCAGGGAACUCUCGUGUUUGUUGAGGGAGACGCAAGCAUCCGCCAGUGGGAAGACGCAGAAGGCAAGAGGCAGUCGGCCUUGAGCAUUGUCCAACGUGCUGUCGAGGUUCUUAAGCGUCCCUACUCCGAAACUUCCGCCGAACAUGACAACAACAACUAAGAUACGUUAAUAUUAUAAGGAUGGGAUAACAAGCCUGGUAGGACGAUGUGUCGUGCUGGCUGCCACGUUGUCUUGAGGACAGUCAGGCUGCCUCACUCCGUUUUACUUGGCUCCACUAUGUAUUCAUAAUCUCCGAUUUUCAGCCCCAGGCUUUGACUUGUCGGUGAACCCAGAUGACGAUCAGCCACCUCUUGUUUUGUUUCUUUUCUGGGUCAUAGGAAUCAUGCCUUGUCCUCGUGUAAGAUAUAUCCUCAUAUCAUCAUAUGACAUCCCGCUCUCGGCGUGACCGACGUGUGUGGCUCGUGCUGCUAUAAAUAGCUCAAUUGGACAGGUCUACUAUGUCCCUACGGACUGGCCCAGCACUGCAGGAUGUAGUUGACUCGUACGUCCCGAUACCGUUGUGCUGCAUUCUCUCGAGAUGAUAUAACUUGA